AUGAUUACCAUAAAAGUACCCUGUUCCUCGGCGAACAUUGGCCCUGGAUUCGAUGUUAUAGGUCUCGCUCUCUCCAUAUGGCUCGAGUUAAAGGUCGAGGUCACACCAUCGAUCACAUCCCAAGCACCCCUCAAUUGCAAAAUCACAUAUGAAGGACAAGGCGCGGAAGAGGUUCCCUUGACCGCUGAUAGCAAUCUCAUUACACGAACAGCACUAUAUGUUCUGCGAUGCCACGGACAGAGGAGCUUCCCUUCCGAGACUUCGGUUCAUAUCAUUAAUCCCAUUCCAUUGGGGCGCGGACUUGGGUCAUCUGGUGCCGCGGUGGUAGCUGGUGUUGCAUUAGGCAAUGAAGUCGGAAAGUUGGGGUUGUCAAAGGCUAGAAUGUUGGAUUAUUGUCUUAUGAUAGAGAGACAUCCAGACAACGUAGCCGCGGCAUUGUAUGGAGGAUUUGUAGGAACAUAUCUCAACGAAUUAAGCGCUGAAGACACAGAACGCAAAGAGAUUCCACUCAGUGAAGUUCUACCUGAACCGGCCGGAGGAGUAGAUACCGGGUCCAACCCUCCCGAACCACCAGUUGGAAUUGGGCACUACAUGAAAUUCCCUUGGGCGUCAGAGAUUAAAGCUAUUGCAAUCAUUCCACAAUUCGAAGUCGCUACAGCAAAGGCUAGAAGCGUCCUACCAUCUUCAUAUUCCAGGUCGGAUGUCGUUUUCAAUCUUCAAAGAAUUGCUCUUCUGCCUUCGGCUCUAGGGAGGUCACCACCUGAUGCAGAGCAGAUCUAUCUUGCAAUGCAAGACAAAGUGCACCAACCUUACAGGAAAGGUCUGAUUCCAGGUCUACCAGAGAUCCUGCAAUCUGUCACUCCUAAAUCUCACCCAGGCCUCUGUGGAAUAUGCUUAUCAGGAGCUGGUCCAACUAUUCUUGCGCUUGCAACUGAGAAUUUCGAUGCAAUUGCAAAGGUCAUACUAGAUACAUUUGCGAAGAAUGAUAUCAAGUGCGAUUGGAAAUUGCUAGAACCUGCACAAGAUGGUACAACAGUAACAUACAGCUGA